CUCUGGGUAUGGAGCCAGAUGGGAAGCAAGAGGCAGUCAAGGCCAUUGACAACUGUCUCCGUCAAAGGCUACUUCGGAGUACCAAAGUCAUGUUUUUCUUCCACAGACAUGCCCAUCACAAGGACAAGCUGGGCCGAAGGUCGCUUGACUUGAAGGGGGCGAUCAGCAUGGCAGCUGAUCUCGCCAGGCAUUUUGGAUUGCCUGAUGUUAUUUUCAGAAACUUGCCGGAGACUUUCAGCAGCUUCGAUUUCACUGGGAGUGGUAUGCUUUGCCUUGAAGAGACGAGGGUUAUGGUGAAGAAGACGCUGCUGCAGUGGCACUGGGCUUUGGAGGGGCCCGCUGCGAACUUCGACAGCGAGAUAGCAACGUGCACACUCGAGGAUGGUGGCUACUCUGUCGCCCGGGAGAUGGGCCGUGGAGGGCAAGGCAUAAUGUAUUUGGCCAAAAAGAAAACCGAAGAGAGUUCUCCUUGGUACAGUUAUUUUUCAACUUGCGGUUCUCAGGCUCGUGCAACAUAUUGCAUCAAGUUCUAUAGCAAGAAGAACGCCAAUGCUGGAGGCUUGCAAGAAAUCUUGGAAGAGUUUCACCGCAUGAAAGAGUUUGAUAAUGAGCACGUGGCGAGGACUUUUGAAGCCUUCCACGACCAAGACUUUGUUUACUUGGUGAAUGAACCGUACUUUGGAGGUGAUUUCACCAAAUUGGCUAAAAGAGCAUACGACAAAGGAGUUGAAAUGCGAGAAGGUUGGUGGCAAGCCAUCUUCCGCCAAUGCCUUGCAGGUGUGGAAUAUCUGCAUCGCGAGGCUCAAAUGCAUUGUGACAUCAAGGAAGCCAAUCUCAUGAUUCGCUACAAUGAUGACUUCACAAAACCUGAAGUUGUUUUAAUAGAUUUUGGUCUGGCUCAGAGCAUUUCCGUGAAGGUCACAGGCCUCAGUGGAACUCCAGGCCAGGCAGAGAUGAUAGAUGAAUAG